GCGUUUCCCACCCUCAAGAUCUUCCCCGUGGGCCCCAAGUCGCUUUCGAUGGUUAAGGACUACGAGGGGCAGCGCACAGCAGACGAAAUUGUCAAAUUCGCCAUGGAGUUCUACUUGGCGAAGGCGACUGCGGAGCAGCUGCUGUCGGAGGAGCAGUUUCGCGCGGAGUGUACAGACAGCUUGUGUUUGAUUUCUUUUCUUCCCCACAUUUUGGACUCUUCAGAAAAAGGAAGAAAAGAAUAUUUGCAAACCCUAAAUCAGGUUUUCCGGGCUUCCGUGACCCUCCCCGUCAAGUUCUUCUGGCUCCAGGGCGGAGACAACUUCGAAGUGGAAGAGCAGCUCAAUUUGGCCUUCGGGUGGCCCGCAGUUGUCGCCGUGCAUUUGGGCAGAAAUAAAUUUUCAGUCCACAGGGGCAGCUUCAGCAGGCAAGGAAGGCAGCAACAGCAGCAGCAGCAGCAGCAGCAGCAGCAGCAACGGCUGCAGCAGGAACUGCAGCAAAGCUGCUGCAUCUUGAUAAAUGCUGCUGCAGAGGUGCUAAUGUGGCCGCUGUGCACCGCAGCGAGGCCGCAGGCCUUGCUGCUGCUGCUGCUGCUGCUGCUGCAGCAGCAGCAGCUGUUGCUGCCGGCGUGGACUCGAGAAAUCGUACUGUCUGGACAUAACAGCAGGAGCAGCAGCAGCUGCAGCAGCAGCAGCAGCAGCAGCAGCAGCAGGCUGCCUUUGCUGCCAGGCUUGAAGGCCCGCCGAUCCACGUGGCUUCCCAGCUUGGCCAGGCAGCAGCAGCAGCAGCAGCAGCAGCAGCAGCGGCAGCAGCAGCAGCAGCAGCAGCAGCGGGAGAAGGCGGUUUCUGGGGAUGCUGGGGUUUGGCGCGGGGUCAACGGGGCCCUCCCGCUGCUGCUGCUGCUGCAGCACUUGCUGCUCGACGGCCAGCUCCUGCAGGCCGACCUGUGGGGCGCAGCAGCAGCCAUGGCCUACUUGGCUGCGCAGAAACAGCAGCAGCAGCAACUGCAGCAGCAGCAGCAGGUGCUGCUGCUGCAGCAGCUGCGGCGGUAG